GCCCCCAGAGCGUGUACUGGAAAAGAGAUUGAAAUUUUCACGAAAAAAAAUUUUACAUUUUGAACAACAACAACCGUAGGGUCAAUUUCAUUCGUUCCUCGGAACUACCUCUUAUGAAAGACGAAAGAAGACUUGUCAAAUUUGUCUUGGACCCGCCAACCCUGAAGGCAAAGCGUUCAUGGUGUGGCCGCGAAGCAGGCAACGAGCAAAGCCCAAGAGCCAAAAUUAAAGCUUUGUCAUGCGGAAUCGCAAUCGGAAACCAUCCAUGAAGAGCGAGGACUUCGGCUCUUCAGGAAAGGAAUUCGGUUGUCUUUGCCCGGGGAGGCCAAGCUGAAUUAAAAAGCAAGUCUUCUUUCGCUUUCAUGCUCCUUUAAAGAGACCGGAACAAAAUGUCCGCUGGCGCUCCGCAGAUGAUGAUGCCGCCGCAGCCCUUGACGGCUGGUAAGAUAAGUUUUUCGCGAUUAUGAAACUGAGUCGCAUGUGGGAAGAGGCAGCUGUUUUCUUGUUCAGCGAAAAACGUCGAUUAUAUUCGAUCGGUUCUUUCUUUCUCUCGGGGGGAAUUUAUCCCUUAGCUUUUGAUUUGUCUGAAAGUGAUCAACGCCGAUAAUUGUAAUUUUAUCCAGGCAUGCCGGACCCGGCCACCAUCGCCAAGCAGAAGGACGCCUACAUGAAGAUGUUGGACGAGCAAGUCAAGCAGGGCACCCAGGUCUUGGAGGCUGUAUGCAAGGAAAACUGCGUUUCGUGACAGCGGUGCAUUGAAUAUGAUGAAACGUGGUCGUAGAAACGUUUAGUGAGUUUUUGCAGAAAUAUCUUGCACUCGGCGAGAAUGCAGCUUGACAGAAAAGAUGAAAUUGGAAUCCACCAAAAAGAUAUGAAAACAACAUGACAAUAGCAAUACAAAUUCAGUUUUCCCUUUCCAUAGUUGCAGGUGAAGCACCAGAAGGAGUACCUGUUGGGCCAGGCCGACCAGCAGAAGAAGCAGUUCAUUAUGCAGAUCGACAUGGAGGUGAAGCAGCAGGAGAUGGCUCUGGACCAGCAGCGCAUGGAGCAGCUGAUGGCCCUGCAGCAGCAGGCCGCCCAGCAGAAGGCCGCUCUGGAGCAGCAGGCCAUGCAGCUGACCAUGGAGUACCAGCAGAAGAAGGCCGAGGAGGAGAUGCAGAAGCAGCAAUACGAGAUGGAGAAGAAGCAGCAGGAGAUGCAGGCCAAGAUGCAGGAGGAGAUGGCCAAGUUCCAGGGCGCCGGAACCCUGUUCAACGCCCCGACUUUCAACGCCCCCAAGUAAAUCAGUUUUAUCCAAAGUGAAAUGUUUGCGAGUCACCCGUAGAAAUAGAUUCUCUUUGCUGCGGCAACAAAAUUUUGUCAUGUUGGUCAGCACGUGUCUGUUCCCGUAAAGAACUCUUGUCUUGACCUUGCCGAAGGCACUGCUUUGGAUUUCACCUCCCUGGCAGGGCCACCAGGUUGGUUGUGUGCAUGUAUGAAAAAAAUGUUGUCAGAGACAUCUGCUUCACACGUAUCGGAUCGCUGUUUCCCUUUGGAUACGAUGGUGAUUGAAACUGUUUGGUUGGAAGUUGAUCUUCGUCUCCGGUGUCACUGAAAAUUCGCACUGACCUUCGCGCCUUACCGCAGCCUCGUCUAAGGACAUUUUGGUUGAUAUUCCGGAGAUACUGACGAUCUUCUAACCGCACCUAGUAAGACCACACUGAGUAUCUUAUCUAAACUACCGGACGUUAGUACUUCGAAGAUGCGUAAAAAUUUCCGAUAUUUUUUACGUAAAAGAGAUAUUCUUUUUGGCUGGGUUGAGAUUUUAGUUGCGGCGGUGCUCUCUGCGCCGUCGCAGUAGAAUGGCAAUUCUCCGAUGGGGAGGAGGGGGAAGAUCUACUAUCUUGUUUACGUCUCAAUAUAUCAUCUUUCACAUACGAUCUUCACGUAAAAAUUCCAAACUUUACACCGCAUAUUAUUUGAGGUAGGAACGUAUGUUGCUUUGUGCAAAUUACGGCGAGCUUCAAGCUGAGUUCCUUCUUCUCAACGAAGUGGAAAUGUUUCAUCAUUCACCAGCAGCUGCAGGUAGAAUUCGCUUUUCUCUUCUAGUGUAUCAGCUUUUGUCAGGGAAACUUCUUUUUCUGGAAGCUUUCUACUAGUUUAUCGUAAGACCAUGCUCGAAACAAGCUACCUUGUAGUUGCGAACUUUUGGGAUGGCCGAGGGAAUUGCCGCAACGCGUGUGGACGACAACCACAGACGCCAUUGCUGGAUGUGAGGACAGAUUCUAAGUUCGUGAGGGGACUCGCAGCUCACCUCGUUCCCAUGCAUAUAAGAGAAAGAGACAGCUUGAGGCGAGCGCGACUCUCAAGAGG